AUGGCUCGAACAAUUCUGUACUACUUCAUCGCAUAUUCGUUUAUUGAUUCUGCAAAUACAACCCCGGACGAUCCGAAACUCACUUUUGAGGAUCUUUAUCAGUACGGGAAGUACGAGUACACAGAUGGAAACUGGCAGGAUUGUGUCGCCUUUAUAAAAAGAGCACUUGACGAUUUUCAGUACUUCGAGGACGAACUGGUUUGGUGUCGGCGGAAAUGCAAACAGCAAGUGGAAGCUCCUGAUGAUAGCGCGUUGUCGCAAAGUCAUGCUCAUUCAGAACGAGCUCUCUGUCUUCUUCGUUGCAAACGAGAUAAAUUCACUGAAGAAAGGCCUCCUUUGAAGAAGAUGAACACCUACUUCGACUUUAUCGAAAGAAAACCAUUUCAGUAUUUGCAUAUAUGUUACUGGAAGAUGGGCGAUCUUGAAAUGGCAGUGAAGAGCGCGUACACGUUUCUUGUGAAGAACCCAACUGACAAAGACACCCUCGAUGGUUUGGCAUUUUACAUGGAACGACCAGGUUACGAUGACCGAAUGCUGGUUGAUGCACUUCGUCGCCCAUACGAGGAGAGAUUCAUAUCGGGAGUGAAAGCCUACAAUGAGGAAGAUUGGUUUCGUUGUAUAGAUGAUCUCGAAGUGUCGUUGGAUAAAGUCAUAGAGGAGGAUUCAAGAUGUCGACUUCUCUGUGAAGAUAAGAUUGAUUGGAGUGUUGUCGAUGGAAAUCCUGAAUUGGAUGUACUGAUGACAAGUAUGCAAGCAUCGAUUGUCCGUUGCCAACAUAACUGCCUCUACCGUCUGUCAUUGAUCAACGGUCACGACGUAGGACACCUCCUUGCCGCCCACUAUGAAUACUUGCACUAUUGCUACUACAAAAUUAUGCGUGGAUCCGAAGCAGCUCGUUCGGUAGCCAACUACAUCUUAUUCGAUGACAAUCCUCUCAUGCAAAGGAAUAAAUACUUCUACAACAAGCAGUACAACAACAAGGAACUUUUUGUACCUGAUAAGCGAAUGCUAGAUAUAUACAAACAGCGCACUUUGGAAGAACGAUAUCUGAAUUUUAUCGAAGAGAAAUUCAAAUUUGUCAACAACGAGUUCCCACCUGAGCGCCAAGAUGAUAGAAAAAAAUUCGACACUUCAGUCUCCGUCGAGGAUACAUUCGAUUACACUGCUGUACGGAAACUUCUUACACAAAUUGAAUGCAAAACGUUACGAUCUGUAUUCCCCGUUAAGCAUGGUGAUCAGAUUUUGGAAGAGCUUGAAGAUCGUGUGAAACUGUUAUGGCCCAAGGCGAAAUUUGAAACACGUGCUUGUAGUAGGAAAUCACGUGUUGCUCCAUGUUCGCGAGCUAUUGUGCUCUCGAUUGAAAACGAUGAUUGUUCCGAAUGGUUAGGAGCUAUGCACACGGGUUGCGCAAUUGUUUUUUGCACAUAA